CGGGCAUAUUCCUCCAUGUUUGUUGCUGUGAAGAGAGCGGUGCCUACGUCAUCAUUGUGCGCGCCGUGUGCCGUUGUGGAAAGUCGUGUCUACUCACAGAUUAGAGGGGCGAUCAUCCUAAAAAAGGGCAAGGAUGCCUCUUCCCGCGGCACUGCUGGCCCGCUUGGCCAAGAGAGGGAUCGUGAAACCGUCAGACCAAGAGGCAGAUGAGGAGAUUAUUGCUGAAGAUUACGAUGACAACAACGUGGAUUAUGAAGCUACGAGAGUGGAGAGUCUUCCCCCAAACUGGUAUAAAGUGUUUGACCCGGCUUGCGGUCUUCCUUAUUACUGGAACGUGGAGACGGAUUUGGUGGCCUGGUUGUCCCCAAAUGACGCAACUUCAGUGGUAACAAAACCAGCCAAGAAGAUAAGAGCCGAAGGAGGAGACGAAAGAAUCGAGAGGCCGUUUGAGAAGCUAGAGAGAGAGCGGGAGCGGGAGAGAGAGAAAGAACGGGAAAGGGAGCGGGAACGGGAGAGAGAGCGAGAGAGGGACGAGGGGAGGGAGCGAGAGAGAAGAAAGCCAAGGAGAGAGGACCCAGCGCCGUACAGUAAGAACAAAAGAGGGAGAAAAGAUGACGAGAUGGACCCCAUGGAUCCAAGUGCUUAUUCUGAUGCUCCAAGGGGCACGUGGUCCACUGGUCUGCCCAAGCGCAACGAAGCAAAGACGGGUGCAGACACCACAGCGGCGGGGCCCCUGUUCCAGCAGCGGCCCUACCCCAGUCCGGGGGCCGUGCUUCGGGCUAACGCGGCUAACCAAAUACCCAAGGAGUAA